AUGAAUGCGUACCUGCAAACGAUAGUGCACACUCACCUGACUGCUCGCCAAACGACCCUGGCCAUGGAUAAACUAACUAACCACAAUGCGUUACAGCUACUGCGCGACGAUCAGUACGUAUCGAACAUGAUCGAGCCGGGCAAUGGACGACCUUCGAUUAUUCCACUAAACACCCAAGAUGUGGUCCGGGACUAUUAUUAUCUCAACGAAACUCUGCGCUUGCCACCGACCAUCACCGCCACGAGCAGCAACUACGAUACCGCACAGAGCAACGCCAGUUCCUUCUACGACACGCGGGCGAAUGAGUACGGUGGUAACGACACGGCGUACAGCUACUACAAUUGUGCUGCAUUUGAGGGCAACACAUCGUACCUGAAUGUGUCGUGUGAAACCAUCCUUAACUACAGCCUUCCGCUGUACGGAUACUGCAUUCCGGUGCUGCUGCUCGUCACGCUAGCCGCAAAUUCGUUGAUUAUCAUCAUCCUCAAGAAGCGCACCAUGGCUUCGCCGACGAACUUUAUUCUAAUGGCGAUGGCUGUGUGCGACAUGUUUACGCUGCUUUUCCCAGCCCCGGGAUUAAUGUACAUGUACACGUUUGGGAAUCACUACAAACCCCUCUCGCCCGUAAUAGCCUGUUAUGUGUGGAAUGCGCUAAAUGAGAUCCUACCCGCCAUGUGUCACACAGCAUCGGUAUGGCUUACGUUAGCCCUAGCGGUACAAAGAUACAUUUAUGUUUGCCAUGCACCCGCAGCCCGAACAUGGUGUACCAUUGCCAGAGUGAAGAAAUGCAUCGCGUAUAUAUGUGUUGCCGCAUUGUUACAUCAGAGCAGUAGAUUUUUUGAUAAGUAUGUACGGUGUCCUUUAAAGUGUGUUUGGAACGGCCAGCCAGCGAACGUGUGUCACGUCGAAACGGCCCAAUGGAUACACGAAUACACUAGCGAAGACUUUUACUAUACAUUUUACUUUUCCUUCCGAAUACUGUUCGUGCACCUGAUACCCUGCGCCAGCCUGGUCGCGCUCAACGUGUUACUGUUUAGGGCGAUGAAACAAGCGCAACAGAAAAGGGAACGUCUGUUUAAGGAUAACAAAAAGCGUGAAAGCAAACGAGUGCGCGACUCGAACUGCACCACACUGAUGUUAAUCGUCGUGGUAACCGUGUUCUUAGUGGUAGAAAUACCAUUGGGCGUUAUAACGGCGCUGCAUAUUAUUUCAUCGCUGUUGUUCGAGUUUCUAGAUUACUACGUAGCAAAUCUAUUUAUACUAUUCGCCAACUUUUUCCUGAUAGUAAGCUAUCCGAUUAAUUUUGCAAUCUACUGCGGUAUGUCGCGUCAGUUUCGCGAAACCUUCAAGGAACUGUUCUGCAAGUCCGGUUCACAGAUGAAUGUGAAGAAGGAGUGUGGCUCGUCCAAAUAUUCACUGGUGAACGGGCCGAGAACUUUUACUAACGAAACGGUUAUUUAACCAAGUGCACCGGUACGAUUUAUUCUUAAGAUAUGUAGGAAGAAAACCGGUGACACACUUUUAGAAGGAUAUUUUUAUAUGAGAAACAUCAAAACAUACACCGCUUUGUCCUAUACAUGCUCCAACGAUUUAACGUUAAAGAUUGACGAAGAAAACAAUACCAUGUGUAUUCACCUAAGCUUUCG